GACGUAGGAUAUGCAAGCGGGAGAGAAAAGCACUCCUCAGCUUCGAACAGAGUAUCUGAGAUUACUAUGGCAUGCUGUCUACAUGGGGGGACGAUGAGUGAUUGGUGCAAAUGGGAAGACUUGGAAAUUGAAGCAAUCAAUGGAUCCAUUGAUGUUGAUGUCACUUUUGUUGACCAAGACUUACUGCAGACAUAUGAGUUCUGCAGAAAAAGAGGGAGAGGAAUUAAGGAAUUGAAAAAAAAUGAAAAUAUCUCUGCUUGUGGCUACGAGAGGACGCGGGUCAUGCUCAGUUUAUCAUCUAUUCUG